CCACCCUUCUCUCUCCUCCCGCUUCCUGGCCUCUUGGUUCCCCGUCUCUGCUGUACGAACCCAGACAUAAACGAGCUGAACUUGCCCAAGACGUGUGACAUCAGCUUCUCAGACCCGGACGACCUCCUCAACUUCAAGCUGGUUAUCUGUCCUGAUGAGGGCUUCUACAAGAGCGGGAAGUUCGUGUUCAGUUUUAAGGUGGGCCAGGGUUACCCGCACGACCCCCCCAAGGUGAAGUGUGAGACGAUGGUCUAUCAUCCCAACAUCGACCUCGAGGGCAACGUCUGCCUCAACAUCCUCAGAGAGGACUGGAAGCCAGUCCUUACGAUAAACUCCAUAAUUUAUGGCCUGCAGUAUCUCUUUUUGGAGCCCAACCCUGAAGACCCACUGAACAAGGAAGCUGCUGAGGUCCUGCAGAACAACCGACGACUGUUCGAGCAGAACGUGCAGCGCUCCAUGCGCGGCGGCUACAUCGGCUCCACCUACUUUGAGCGCUGCCUGAAAUAGGGUCGGCGCACACCCACCCCUGCCAGGGCCACAGCCCCGGCGUCCCCUACAAAUAUUUAUUGGGGGCCACAGGUGGAGGGAUGCGGCAGCAGGUGGGGUCAUUCCACGCCCUAGCCUUGCCUCCCCUUCCUGCCACCGGCUCCUAGUUAUUUUUUUUUUAACCACCAUGUGAUUAAGGUCGGAGCUGCCUCCUCCCGACCCGCUCAGCGAUGGGAAAUGAAUUGGCUUGUCUAGCCCCCCGCUGGGUGCCGCACAGCCUCCCACUCUGGGCUCUGGGGUGGGUGGCCAAGGGGACUGGGUGGCUGGGGCCCCGCCACCCCAUUCCUCCACCACUGGAGGUCCCGCCAGGCUAUUAAAGGGGAAUGUUACUGCAUG